AUGCAUACAGCCUAUGACAUCUAUGAUAUUUCUCAAAUAUAUUCACGAUUUAUUACACUAUUAAAUCGACUUAAAAAGAAAAUGUUAUUAAAUCAAAAAUCAAUUUUUCUGUAUUAUGGAUGGUUCUGCCUUGUUUCUAUUUUAACAGUAGAAUCAAAUGUAGUUCCUAGUAAUUUUACGUUGCCGCCAGAUUCACCUAACAAUUGUUUUGUUGGGCAAUUUAAACUUGAUUUUGAUGUGAAAUAUCCGGAAAAAAAUGGCUCAUACAGCACAGUUAAUUUCGUUCUUGAUAAUUCAACUUAUUCAAUAUAUAGGGGAAGUUGUGAUGAAGGAGGUGAUAAUACAACACAUAAAUUGCAAAUCUUUAUGAACAUGAAUCUCUGGCAUGUUGAAUUAUAUUUUCAUUUAAAUAAAAAUAUGGCAUCAUUAUACCAGACCAGUGUUUCCAUUAUCUUUGAUGAUGAAUUAUUUCCAAAUGCUGAUCCAAGUGUACUAGGAAAAACAUAUACGGCGACAAAAAAUGUCUCUUUAUUCUCAACGGAUCAAACUAAAUCUUAUCGUUGUAAUACUAGAACAACAGUUGCAUUUGAUAUGCAAAGAAAUGUCACAAUAACACUGGGUUUGCAAGAUGUUCAUAUACAAUCAUUUUAUGAUAGUUCAAAACCAUUUUCGGGUUAUGGUGUUGAGGAAGUUUGUGGAGGUGAUAAAAAUAAAAGUUCAAAUUUGGUGCCAAUUAUUGUCGGUAUUUGUUUGGCUGUACUCGUAGUUAUCGUGCUUAUUGCUUAUUUAAUUGGUAGACGAAAACAACGUGAUGGAUAUCAAUCUGUUUAA